CACGCAUAAAUGUCGCAAAUUUGAAGGUAUACGGUUCAUAACUUCAUUUAUCGCUCCAAUAAAUUUCCUGAUUAGGAUUGACCCAAGUGGAAGAAGAACUAGUUCUUCGGCUUAUUCAAAGAAUUAUAACAGUACCGUGACGCUUUGGAAUGAAACAUUUGAAGAAUAAUGAUAAGUGCCAUACGAGACUAGAGUUCUAAAAGAAUAAAAAAGUGAGCGGAGUCAGUAAACGAUACCGUUUUUAAAUUUGAUACAGUGACUUUUGUUGGUUUCCUUUUGAUUUGGGUCGAUAUGUGUUGAAAUCUGAGUGCGAUGUGGAAAAAAUUGUUCAUUUUUGGAUUAACCUUGCAAUGUGUUUAUCUACAAAUAGUACCUGAUGAUAUUGACUACACCAACUUUCCUUUGCCACAGAGUCUGAACCUCUCAGAAAUGGAAAUGCAAGAAACUAGACAAGCUUUCACUUUUGGGAACUGCAAGAUGGUUUAUAAGCCAAUUUGUCCAGAUCCAGACGUAACUUUUUUUCUUUAUACAAAAAGAAAUCCUGAGAAUCCGGAAGCUUUGAGAAUCGGUUCCGAUUCAACAGUUUCUAAUUUGAAGGAGACUUCAUUCGAUGCGUCAAAACCCACAAAAAUCAUCAUCCAUGGCUACAAUUCGGACAUGAACCUGAAUGCAUUAGUUGAAAUAAGAAAAGAGUAUUUGAAAACAAGAGACUAUAAUAUCAUCACGGUAGACUGGAGCCCUUUGAAUCAAGCACCCUGCUAUUUGAGUGCUUUGAUAAAUAUUCGUCAUGUAGGAAGUUGUUCUGCUCAACUUGUGGUUAGAUUAUUAGAGCAUGGAGCCACUGAUAUUCACGUCAUUGGAUUCAGUCUUGGAGCCCAUGUUGCCAAUUAUCUUGCAGUUUCGCUUCGACCAUACAAAUUGCCAAGAAUAACAGGACUGGAUCCAGCUCUACCAGGAUUCCUCACGCCCAAUCUAGACCACAAGUUGGACAAGUCAGACGCCAGCUUCGUGGACGUUUAUCACACGAAUGCAUUUAUCCAAGGAGUUGUUGAGGAAAGCGGCCACGUUGACUUUUACCUCAACGGAGGUGCACUGCAGCCGGGAUGUUGGGCUGAAAAUAGGUUUUUCGCUUGUAACCAUCACAGAGCACCGCUGUACUUUGCAGAAUCCAUAAACACUGACAAAGGUUUCUGGGGAUGGCCCUGUCCAUCGUACUUCGACUACCUUCUAGGACGAUGUCCACCACACGAUCCCCAAAUAAUAAUGGGCGAUCUUGUUAAGAGGUCUUCCACAGGGGUGCAUUUGGUGAUAACAGAAUCUGUUUCUCCCUACGCCGUUGGAAAAUACGACGGACCUAGCAUUGAAAUAUACCUGAAGUCGAACUUGUAUAGGAAGGAUAUCUUGAAGAAAUACAGGAGGGAACUUCUGGAGUUCAUUGAUGAAGACGAUCUUGUUGAAAGUUUAGGAAAUGGUCAAGAGGAAAUGAAUGAUGAAGAUUAUUUUCCAUUAACCGAUUCACAAUUUGUUAACGUUGUUUGAAAUUGAACACAUACUUUAGCAACUAAAAGUUAUCUUAACUUGGAUACAUCUCUAAAUUUCAAGCAAUAUUUUUUCGGAAAAUUCUAGUAAAUUUUUAGAAAAUUGACCUGAUACUGAGAAUUUUUCUUGGAAUAGUUAGUAUUUGCUUUUUAUGAUUUUAUUACUUGAGUAUUUUUUAACAAAAUGUAGCAAAUUUUCAAAAUA